AUGACUGUUGAAACUGCCUUGGAGAUGCUUCAGAACAUGGGAAGGGAUGAUUCUGAUGCUGGGGCUCUAUCGGAGUCGGAGGAAAGUGACAGUGACCGUUCCUGGGUGAAGGAUAGGUCCAACACUUCAUCCUCAUCAGAGAGGGAGUCCGCAGGCCAACAGCGGAAAAAGAGGCGACGACUGUCCUCUAAGAAUUCGGAUCGAAAUAUUGCGUUUAGGCUCGAUGGUCCCUUUGAUGGCGUUGAGCCGGCCGCGGCUGAUGUUUGCGCCGGAGGCGGCUGUGGAAACGGGCAGGACGGGACGGCGUGGACGGUGCUUCCUCUGAGUGACCGUCCAGGGAGAACGCAGAGCCAAAACGUCCUGACAGAAGCUGCUGGCCCCACAGCGCACGCACAACGCAACGUUGAAGAUGCGCUCACAGCCUUUGUGUGUCUCUUGGAUGAUGGCAUGCUGAAGCACAUCAGGGACUGCACCGUGGCUGAGGCCCAUCGGCACCUUGGUGACAGCUCCUGGGACCUGACAGUGGCGGAGCUAAAGGCAUUUACAGCCCUGCUGUAUGUCCGCGGGGCACAGGGUGCAAAACACAUCAAUGAUGACGAGUUUGCCCUGGUGUCGGCAACAUGGAACAAGUUUGUGGCAAACAGCAUAGCUUGUUACAAGCCUGGUGCUGACAUUACCAUUGAUGAGCAGCUGUUCCCCACCAAGGCCCGGUGCAAAUUUAUUCAGUACAUGGGGAACAAGCCUGAUAAAUUCGGCAUAAAAUUUUGGCUGGCUGCGGAUGUGCAGUCCAAAUAUAUGCUGAAUGGGGCUCCGUAUCUCGGUAAAGAGGAGAGCAAAGGUCAGCUCCUGGGAGAGAGUGUGGUGCUGAAACUGGCGGAGCCGUUUCUGGGGAAGGGAAGAAACAUUACGACUGAUCAUUUCUUCACCUCCCUAAAACUAGCCACUGCCUUACAGGCCAAAAAGACCAGCCUGGUUGGCCCCCUGGGCGAAGCAAAACGCGAGUGUCCUCCCUCUGUAAAAGAGCCGGCAGAGCUGUUCAGCACCAAGGUGCUGAAAUGUGCUAAUGCCACAUUGACCAUUUACCAGGGAAAGCCGAGACAAAAUGUCUGCAUUUUGAGCUCAGUGCACACAAGUGUAGGAAUAACAGAUGGACCGAAGGCAAAACCCGAGUCUGUGACUUAUUAUAAUAACACCAAACACGCCGUAGAUGUUCUGGAUCAGAUGGCGAAGGCGUACUCCGUGAAAGACGGUACACGAAGAUGGCCAGUGGCUGUAUUUUAUAACAUCCUCAACCUGGCUGGAAUAAAUGCACAUGUCCUAUACAAGGAGUGCACCAGCAGCAGGAUUCCAAGAAGGAGGUUUCUGCUGCAGUUGGCAGAGGAGCUGAGAGCAGAGUUCAUGGAGGGGAAGAGGGCAGCAGCGCACGGGGCCGGUCCGCAGCAACAGCCACCACCGCACCUGGCACAACAACGCCGGCAGUGCCAGGUGAGGAGGAGCUGCAAUCCGAACAAGACACAAGACACCUGCACCACAUGCCGCAAACCCGUCUGUGGCAAUUGUGUCAAAAGACGAGCCGUCACCUGCGUCGACUGCGUUUGAAAAGCCAAAUGUAGCCAACACAUGUGUUUGUAAUUAGUUGUUUCAUGGUUCGUUCUCGGCUCUUUUUGUUAUCAGCUCGGUUCCAGCUUUGACAAUUUGC